CUGUUUGUUUCAACGUUUCUGGCAGUGUGGUCUUUGUUUUUGUGAUUUAUUCUCACUUUUUUGUUAUUUUAGGGUUUGACUUAUUUUCUAAUUGGAGUACCAACGUGUAAAGCAAUCUGUAUCCCUAAUGGAUGAAGAUUUUGAAAUGGCCUCUCCUUCAUUUGCUACCAGUACAGCUACUUUAACUGAAACAGAAGAAAUGGUACGCAAUGCGUUUUCUUCUGAGAGUCUAGUAGCGGAAGCAACUGCAUCAACCGCAAAUGUUGCGGAAUUAACUGAAUUUGAAACGGUCAGCCAAUUAUCUACAAAUGUUGCAACACAGAUCGAUUGUCCAGAAUCUAGAACUGAAGAAUUUACAGAAGAAACUGUUGCUCUUCAAGAGAUGGAGACCAAAGCAAAUUUAGUUGCUACCAAUUGUCUUGGUCCUUUUGCAAAACAAGCAACUACUAUAACCGAACCAGAAGAAACUAUGCCCAAUCCGAUUUCCACUGAGAGUGUAGUAGCUGAAGCAACAUCUUCAACCGCAAAUGUUGCCGAUUUAACUGAAUUUGAAACAGUCAACGAAGCAUCUACAAAUGUUACAACACAGGUUAAUUGUCCAGAUUCUAGAACCGAAGAAAUUACAGAAACUGUUGCUUCUCAGGAGAUGGAAACCAAAGCAAAUUUAGUGGUCUCUUCUUCAGUUGCCACCAAUUGUCUUGGUCGCUUUGCAGAACAAACAACUGCUUUGACCGAACCAGAAGAAAUUAUGCUUCAUACGAUUUCUACUGAGAGUAUCGUAGCGGAAGCAACUGCAUCGGCCGCAAAUGUUACCGAAUUAACAGAAUUUGAAACGGUCAGCGAAUUAUCUACAAAUGUUGCAACACAGGUUGAUUCUCCAGAUUCUGGAACUGAAGAAUUUACAGAAACUGUUGCUUCUCAGGAGAUGGAGACCAAAGCAAAUUUAGAACAAGCAACUACUUUAACCGAACCAGAAGAAAUUAUGCCCAAUCCGAUUUCUACUGAGAGUGUGGUAGCUGAAGCAACUGCUUCAACCGCAAAUGUUUCCGAUUUAACUGAAUUUGAAACAGUCAACGAAGCAUCUACAAAUGUUGCAACACAGGUUGAUUGUCCAGAUUCUAGAACCGAAGAAAUUACAGAAACUGUUGCUUCUCAGGAGAUGGAGACCAAAGCAAAUUUAGUUGCCACCAAUUGUCUUGGUCGCUUUGCAGAACAAACAACUGCUUUGACCGAACCAGAAGAAAUUAUGCUUCAUACGAUUUCUACUGAGAGUAUCGUAGCGGAAGCAACUGCAUCGGCCGCAAAUGUUACCGAAUUAACUGAAUUUGAAACGGUCAGCGAAUUAUCUACAAAUGUUUCAACUCAGGCCGAUUUUUCAGAACCUGAAACUACAGAGUUUACAGAAACUGUUGAUACUCAAGAAGAGGGAAGUAAGACCAAAGAUUUAGGUACAGAAAACAACCCUGAAAAUAACAACGAUAUUGAAGUGGCCUCUUCCUCAUUUGCUACCAAUUAUCUUGGUCCUUUUACAGAACAAGCAACUACCUUAACCGAAUCAGAAAAAAUGAUACCCAAUACGAUUUCUACUGCGAGUGUUGUAUCUGAAGCAACUGCUUCAACCUCAAAUGUUGCCGAUUUAACUCAAUUUGAAACAUUCAACGAAACAUCUACAAAUGUUGGAACACAGGUCCAUUGUCCAGAAUCUAAAACGGAAGAAUUUACAGAAACUGUUGCUCCUCAAGAGAUGAAGACCAAAGCAAAUUUAGUUGCUACCAAUUGUCUUGGUCCUUUUGCAGAACAAGCAACUACUUUAACCGAACCAGAAGAAAUUAUGCCCAAUCCCAUUUCUACUGAGAGUGUGGUAGCUGAGGCAACUGCCUCAACCGCAAAUGUUGCCAAUUUACCUGAAUUUGAAACAGUCAACGAAGCAUCUACACAGGUCAAUUGUUCAGAACCUGAAAUUGAAGAAUUAAUAAAAAUUAUUGCUACUUUAACUAUUGCAAAUUUAGAAGAACAAACAGUUAGUCCAUCUGAUGCAGCUACUUUACCUGAAACAGAAGAAAUUAUACCCAAGACUGAAAGUCUGAUAGCUGAAGAAUCGGCAUCAACUGGAAAUGUUGCUGAUUUACCUAAGAUUGAAGCGGUUGGAAAACCAUCUACAAAAGUUGCAACACAGGUCGAUUUUUCAGAACCUGAAACUGGAAAGUUGACAGCAAUUGCUGCUACUCAGGAUGAACCUAAGGCUAAAGCAGUGGAGUUAACAUUUCCAGCUUUAACUAUUACUGGGACGGGAGAUCUCAACACCUCUCAUGCAAAAGAAAAUCUUAGCCAAGAAAACGAUUUUGAAAAUACCCAAGAUUUAACUCUAACAGAAAACCGCAUAGUAGACCUUAAAAUGAAAUUUUUAGCAUCGCCAAAAAAUAUGGAUAACGAACUCUAUCGACAUUUAUUAGAAUCGUCUCCAUCAGUAUUAAACCAUCACUUACCUAGUUUUCAAAAAUAUUCUGUCAUGAAACUGGAAGUCAAUAAUUUGCGCCAAAAAAUUGCUAAACUCACCUUGGAGCUCCUUCAAAAAGAAAGGGAAUUAAUUAAAAUAAGACCAGACAUUAUUAUAUCCCAGCCCAUAAAACUAGAGACUGAAUAUAAAGAGCUUGAAAAUGGUGAUAAUAAACUAGACGAAGCCUACAAGAAAAUUGCAAACUUAUCAAAAGAAAACACCAAAUAUGCAAAUGACUCGAAAGAGCUUCAAAAUAAAUUUGAUACAGCUUUGAACGAUUUCUCCGUACUAAAAGAAAACUACUUAAAACUUGAAAACGAACUUCAAUCAAUGAAAGAAGAUAACGUGAAGUUAAGGGAGAAUUUGCGUCAUUAUGAUGUGAUAAUGGAACAGCUUUGUAAAAAAAUUGAAUCAAUACAAGUGAUGUACGAUAAGGAACUUGAGAAAAGAACAAGGCUAGAAAAUGAUAUUCAGAAAGUAACAGAAGAGAGGUUCAACAAGGCCAGUGAAAUGGCAGACAAUAAAUUUAAGAGAAAAUAUGAGGUGAAAAUACUAGAACUUGCGAAUAAAAACAUUCAGUUAACGGAGAUGCUUCAAGUGUUACGUUCUAAAAUGGCUGUGAUUGGACACGACAAGGAAAAUAAGGCAGAAGUAGCCAAUAAAUAAUUUUUCAGGUGAAUUAAAAAAAGUACGAUUGGAUAUUUUUGUUUGCUUUAUACAUUUCUUUUACGUAAUAAAUAUUGAUUUUGUUUUAUGUUUAAA